GGAGGCGACAGCACAACACUAUUAAAGAAGUAAAAAAAAAAAUAUCUGGUUUAUUGUUGAUAGAUAAAUGAAUCGAGAAAAAGUACAACAAAGAUAAACGCUAACGAAGUUAUGGAAUUAGAAAAGAAGAAUAGUUCUCUUGCUUAGCCUGAAAGAAAAAAAGGUAGAAGUGUUGCCGCUUGGUUUAAAAUAAUAUGCUUAUUGAAACAUGCCAUGCGCGAUUAUUCACUCCAUACUGUUCAGACCUUCUGGGCUUUUAGGCACUCAGCUUGGACUAUCACUGAAGUGUUUGCGAUACCGAAGCCAACGUACAAGCUAAGGUUUCUGUAUCGUACAUUAUCCAAUGCCUAGUUAUAUCGGAGUUGGAUUUUCUUACGGAUAUAAUCAUUAGGCUCGUGAAAAAAGCGAUGCCCUUGAGUAUCUUUGUUUUUCCUGAUACUUCACACUAGUCACGUUUUUGUUUGGCAAGUGAGCACGCCGCUGUAUCAGUUCACUCAGGGAGAGAAACCUCAGUAUUUUCAUUGAUUCAUCAAUUAAGGUUUGACGAAGGAAAAUCAAAAUGAAGCAUUUUCUAAGGGUGCUGAUGCAGUUCUUCCUCUAUCUUUACUGUAAAUGUCUGUGGCGAUCCCUGAAGUUUGUGAUUCGCAAAAUGACAGGCCGCUGUGAGUUGCAGCGAAUCUGCUACAACAACAAACCAGGAGCUCGAAGAACGCUCAAGAUAGAGUCUUCACUCAAGUUCUCUAAGACUGAGCUCCUGCAGUCAGCUGUAACUGUCCACCCUGAUUCAGUGGAGAAGACCAUUGAAGACAUAAUGAAUCUGAAAAAGAUCAAUCCGGAUACUAACCCACAGCUGGGAAUAUCCUUACAGGCCAGUCUCCUCCAGAUUGUAGGCUACAGGAGCCUGGUGGCUGAGGUGGAGAAGUUGCGACGAGAGCCAUAUGACAGCGAGAACCCUGAGCACGAGGACUUACUGCUAAAGCUGUGGAAGUGUUUGCGACCUGAUGCAGCACUGAAAGGCCGAAUCACAAAGCAGUGGUGUGAAAUUGGUUUCCAGGGCAGUGACCCCAAGACAGACUUUAGAGGAAUGGGCCUGCUUGGUUUGCAUAACCUGCUAUACUUUGCUGAACACGACAAUGCCACAGCCCUGCAAGUGCUUCAUGAUUCUCUGCAGCCAAAGCACAGGAAUAUUUCCAAGGAAGGAGAAAGCAAGAUGAGUGAACUUGAAUGGGAAAAAAAGAAGUUUGAUAAAGCAAUAGGGUACUCCUUUGCUAUAGUGGGCAUUAACAUCACUGAUCUGACGUAUUCGCUGCUUGUGAGUGGAGCUUUGAAGACACAUCUGUACAAUGUGGCCCCUGAGAUGCCCACUUUAGCGCACUUUCAGCAGACGUUCUGUUAUCUGAUGCAGGAGUUCCAUAAUUUCUGGACUGAGGAGGACCCUUCUGAUAUAAUGGAGUUCAACUGUGUCCGUGCAAAGUUUCACAAGAGGAUCCUGAAGCAGCUGAGGAACCCCAAUAUGGCCCUGUGCCCCCAUUUCACUGCCUCAGAUCACUUAAUCAACCUGUAAUUGUUCCUGGCCACACCUCCUCCCCCCUUCACCAGCUGUGUCUCAUCACUGCCAACUGCUCAUCCACAUUGAACCUGCAGCCUUGAGCACCACCAGCAAAAUGAAUGACCAUAGCAAUUGUAUGCAUGCGUGGCAGUGCUGCAGUUGGUUAACCCACAUAGCCAAAGUAUUGCAAGCGAGGCGGCUAUCCUGCAAUCUGAAUAAACAAACAACUGCAAUGACUAUUCUGAUUAGAGAAAAAUAAAUGCACAUACAGGGGUAUUUUUAAAGAAAGAUUAGCUAUUACACUGAGAGAAACUUAAUGACGUUUUAAUUUGAUAGUGGGCCAUUUGUACUGUGUACCUGUUUAUCGAUAGGAUGCCAAAACAGAAUAUGACUCACUUUAAGUAUUCAGAUAGCCAAAGCAAUAAUAAAGUUAAAGUUAUUUAAGCGUUUUAAGGAUAGAUCCAUGCAGCACUAAUGCAUGCAUUUUUGUUAUGUUACCAUAUUUUUGCCAUCUCCAGUAUUGCUACACACUCAUCCAUUCCAAAGGUUAGCUGUUUACCAGUGUCUGCACUUCCUGUUGCCUCAUGUGACUCUCUCUUCCUGGAGUUUCCCUAGAGGAGAUUUUUCUAUUUUUGUAAAUGUUUUCCAUGACAGCAUCACAAUGUAUACAAAAUGUUAGCAUCAUGGCAUGUUUUGUAAAAUUGACUCUUAACUGUGUAUAGUCUUGUAAAGCCCUUUAAUUUAUUCAAGGUUUUUAUUCUUUUCAUUAUUACAGCUCUCUAUUGUGUUGGUCAUUUUCUUUAGGAAUUACUGGGUUUGCAUGCUGAACUUUAAUGAAAUCAUAAUAAUAUUUAAAGCAUGUUGUGCAGUCAAAAACAGUACAGAUCUCAAGAAAGGUGAAUUAUAACAUUAUUUUUGCAAAGAAAUCAUUUCAGUAUUGUAUUAUUGACUGAGUAUUAAAAUUGAUGUUUUUAGCGACAUUAAAAUUGUGUUAAUGUCAAUCUGUGGUGGAACUAUUUCUUAAGCUUACUUUCACAUCUUAACGUAAGGCAGGGAUAUAAUCAUUCACUUUAUUUUAGUUAUUUUCUUUUCCAUGUAUGAUUGAUUUGACUUAUUGUAAAUACACAGUUUGGUUAAUAAAAAAUGCAUUUGUGUUUAAAAUUAAAGGGCUUUGCCUUAGCGUGCACUAAUGUAGAUCACUCCUAGGAAAAGAUGUGUAAAUGGCUUAAAAAGAAUCUUUGUCACAGUAUCAUGGCGCAUGUUGAAAUUCAUUAGUCCAGCAUAUUGGCUUUUUUGUGCCGUUUCUACUCAGGCCUAUGUGUUGUUGACAAUACACACUAGUAGAUCUGAUGCUUGUGUAAUGUGCAGAUUCAGUGUACUUAAGUGUAAAAAAGAUAUGCUUUUUAUUAUAUUAAACGCUUAAUGUAAUAAAAAAUGUAACUGGA